GUCACGAUUGUCGACGGCGUCUGCUGUGACGUCGCGUCUUUCUGUAGCUCGCGCGCACACGAAGCCGAGAGACUGACGUAGGAAUUUGGCGGGACGAGAAAACGAACAGACAAGACUGGUACUCGCGAAGAAGGGGCUAUAGCCAUCGAUAAAGUAAUCUGUCUCUCUUCUUUCUCAUUUUUUUUUCAAUUUUUCCUGUUUCUUUCUUUCUUUUUUUUUUUUUUUUGCUUUCUUGUUUUAACAUCCGCGCGUGCAUCGUUUCCGUGGAUCUCGCCGGAGUGUUUGCUCGCCGUUCGACGCAGAUAGAAGAGCCAUCGCUUUUAUCUAUACGCGACGAAACAAGCGCGGGCAAGAUUAACAGGGGACCUGGCUAAUUUUAAUUUGCCCAACAAACAAGCCGCGCAAGUUGUCGCGCGAUAACGGCCGAGCAUCAUCGCCGUAACGUGUCGAACGUUCGCGUGUUCUCCAAUAUGGCGAGUGACGAGUCCAUCUGACGUAUAGCGACGGUUUCUCGACGUUUUGAGAAGUGUCGAGUGUCGCGAUCGACCAUAGAGAACGUAUGUACACGACUCGUCGUCUAUCGAGUGAAAAGGAUCAUAGAUAAACAGGUGCACAGUGUGAAAUUUCCCGACGACCGGAAUUUAUCGAAUCGGAACUAAACUGACCGAUUUAGUUCCAAUAAAUAUCUCGUGCUGCGACGAGUGAAGAUGACAUUCGCCGAAUUCGGCUUUCAUCCGUAUGAUCAAUGAAAUUCUCAAACGAACCAGAACUUUCAUCGGAAUUGAACUGACUGAUGUCCUCCAGUAAGAUGAUUUUCGUCGAAUUCGAUGUUCCGUUCCGGUCGUACAGAGAACAUGUUGGCAUUCGUGCAGUGAUGCGAACCGAUUCGCACGUCGUUGACGCGUGUCAUUAAGAAGAAUCAAGUGAUCGUGGAAGACUGGUUUGCAAAAAAGGCGGCAACGAUGUGGAGGGAACAGCAAGAGCAAGUGUACCUGCACCCUCAGCAGCAGCAACAGCAGCAACAGCAGCAGCAGGCGCUGCAUCCGGGGAUCAUGGCCGAGCAAACGCUCCAUCACCAUCAUCGAUCCACCACCAUGGAUUUGCCAGUUCCAAGGUACGUAGAAAAGGAACCAUAUAAUGUUGGAUUAAAUCUGACUCCCACUGCCGUCAUGCAAGUAUAAAACAAUCUACUAUCUGAAAAUUCAUAUAAUAGUUGCACUAGUAAUUACAUGUCCAACAAUUUUUCUAACUUGUUUGAUCAGAAAUAUGC